GGGGUGGGGCAGGACCUGGAGCGCGCCUUGCGGGUACACGGCAACCUUUGCCCUUUGCUCGGGGCCGGGCCAGGCGGGCAGCAGCAAGCGGCAGAGCAGAGCGGAGCCGGACCCCGCCAUGGACGUCCCCCCGCUGGCCAGCAGGGUGGCGGCACUGUCCCUCGGUGCGCUGCCCCUGAGUUUGGCGCUCAGCCUGGUGUCCCAGCUGUCGCACCCCCUGGGGGUGGCGCUGAUGAGCCUGCUGGUCCUGGCUCUGCUCUCGCUGGCUGUGUACAGCCUGUCGCGCGGGGACGUCUACUACGACCCGCUCUACGCAGUCUUCGCGGUCCUGGCCUUCACCUCCAUGGUGGACCUCCUCAUCGCGCUGCAUGAGGACGGCUACCUGAGGGGCUUCAUGGAUUUCUACACGCGGGAGGGUGACCCGUACCUGCGCACGGCACACGGAGUGAGCAUCUGUUACUGGGACGGCUGCGCACACUACCUGCUUUACCUGGCCAUGGCAGGCGCCAUCCGCCGCAGGAGGAGCUACCGCAGCCUUGGGCUGUACUGGCUCGGCUCCUUCCUCACCAGCGUCCUGGUCUUCCUGGUGGGGAACGUGCUGGGCAAGUACAGUGCAGAGCUGCGCCCGUCCCUGCUGCUGGCAGCGCCCUGCCUCCUGCUGCCCUGCUGGGCUGGCCUGCGGCUGCUGCGGACACAGCCCACACCCCCGAGGUUGGACCCCCUCAAGGUGCUGGCUGAGCAGAGCAGAAGUCUCCCUCGGCGCCCCAUGGACCUGGGCUUGGUGGUCUGGUUGGUGCUGGCUGCUGGCUUCGCCCUCUUCCGGGGGCUGGUGGUUCUCGACUGCCCCACGGACGCCUGCUUUACCUACGUGUACCAGUACGAGCCGUACCUGCGGGACCCCGUGGCCUACCCCAAGGUGCAGAUGCUGGUGCAGCUGUUCUACGUGUUACCCUUCUUGUGCCUGGCCGCCUACGGCCUCUCCGUGCCUGGCUGCUCCUGGCUGCCCGACGGGGCCCUGCUGUGUGCCGGGGCCGUGGGCCAGGCGCAGUUCUCACACCUGGCGGCCUCCCUGCACCUGCGCACCCCGUUCACCUACCGCGCGCCGGAGGACACCUGGGCUACGGUGCUGCUGCUCAACCUGCUGUACGCGCUCGGCCCGCACCUGCUGGCGCUGCGCUGCCUGUGGGCGCCGCAUUUCUUCCUGCCCCGUCCCCGGCCCCACCAGAAGCGGUCCUGAGACCUCACUCCUGGCGCGCUGAGCAGC